AUGGAGGAAGGAAGAGAACUCAGGGGCGAUGUGCCCGUAGACGACGACAAAAAGUCUCCCGGUGUUGACGAAACGCUCAAAUAUCAGCUUCUAGGUCCGUCCUUAACAAAGGCGGGCCAGGACUCCGUUGACCAGCAGAAGGUCUCAGAAAUUAUCUAUAACGCCUCAAAAGGCUCCAAAUUCUUCAAUCAUGAACAAGCCCGUGAUGGUGUCCUUACCGAGAAGAUACAGCGGAUUCUCAAUGAGAAGUCGCGCCUUGAGAGCCUGAAUUUAUCUAUUGAUUUGCGGUUAGCGGAUCAGCUCUUCGCCGAGCUAGAGUCAACCCGAGACCUCUCCCAGUAUGUGGUUCACGUGGAUUGUGAUGCGUUCUUUGCCGCGGUCGAAGAGCUGGAUAGGCCGGAGCUCAAAACCGUCCCCAUGGCGGUUGGAAAGGGUGUUUUGACGACAUGCAACUACGAGGCUCGAAAGUUCGGCUGCCGGAGCGGCAUGGCGUCUUUCGUCGCGAUGAAGCUAUGCCCACAGCUUGUUUGCCUGCCGCAAAACUACGAAAAGUACACGGCGAAAGCUCAAGAAAUCCGCGCCAUAAUUGCUCAAUAUGACCCUCAAUUCGAGAGCGCGAGCAUUGACGAAGCGUACCUGAACAUCACAGCCUACUGCAGCGAAAACCAGCUCGACCCGGAGGAGGCUGUUAAUCGCAUGCGCGCUGUAAUCCUCGAGACGACCAAGAUCUCGGUUUCUGCAGGGAUUGCAGCAAACGCAAAAAUCGCGAAAAUCUGUUCAAAUCGCAAUAAACCAAACGGCCAAUUUCGUGUCCCGAACGAUAGGGAUGCUAUCAUGGACUUUAUGAAGGACCUUCCAAUGCGCAAAGUUAAUGGCGUGGGUAGAGUGUUCGAGCGAGAGCUCGACUCAAUCGGUAUCAAGAAAUGCGGCGACAUCUUUGCGCAGCGUGCCUACUUGGCAAAAUUAUUUGGCGAAAAGGCACUUCACUUUCUCGCCCAAUGCUAUCUGGGAUUGGGCAGGACGAAAAUUCAACCAGCCGAAAGCUACGAGCGUAAAAGUGUGGGCACGGAGAGGACAUUUCAUGAAAUCAGCAAACGAGAAGAGUUCAGAGAAAAGCUCUGGUCUUGCGCUCAAGAGCUGGAGAAGGAUUUGUCCCGAACACAGUUCAUGGGUCGUACCUUGGUCCUCAAGGUCAAGCUGGCUACGUUUGAGGUUUUGACCCGGCAACAUCAACCCAGAAGGGCCGUGUCAUCUGCGAAAGACCUGUUUACAUCUGCCCUUCCAAUGCUAGAGAAACUCGAGAAAGAGAUCCCGAAUAUGAAGCUUCGUCUGCUUGGUAUUCGGUGUACAAAUCUCGUGAGCACCAAGAAAUUCGACAUUGGUUUCUUCGGGGCCGCUGCACGGAGAAAGCCUGCAUCGGAUACGCCUAACGACUUCACCGGGGAUCAAGAAAUCAACGCGGAAGAAGCUUUUGAGAAGGCGGCCCGUGAGGAGCUCCAGGAUGAGAUCCAUGAUUUGGAGAAGCUCAGUCAAGAAACAUCGGAAACUGAAGGCGGCCAAAACGAGAAAAGCCCAACGCCGACCACCACAGAUAAACUGCUGGAUCAACCGGAGUACUGGGAUUGCCCUAUCUGUUCAAUGCCCCAAAUCGCGGAUGACAGGAAGUUCAACGACCAUGUCGACUACUGUCUAUCAAAACAAACGAUAAAAGAGGCGGUCCAGGGCGAUUCGCCACAAUUUCAGCCACAAGCCCAGCCGACACCUGCCAGUUCACGGAAGAGAAAGACCGCUUCUCGAGACAACGUAGACCCCCGGCAGAAACGUCUGUUUUUCAAUUGA